CUUAGGGUUUUGUUGUUGGUGGUCGUCCGAACUCCAAUUCGAGGGCGAAGUCUAACCAUUCCUUGGUCAAUAGGUUGAGAGGGUCGCAUUAGCGGCUUGGAGUGUAUCCCAUUUCCUCAACCUAGAGACUAAGAGGGUAGCCUUGUCUACUUGUUACACUUCCCUGCGGGUUAUAACUCCCUAACCACACACGGUCAUUCGAUCCUUCAAGCUGUAAUUGCUAGCUAGGUGGAGCAACACCCUAGUGAACUCUUCUCUCAUUGGGACAACCUCGAUUUACUUUACUUGCUUGUUUUCAUUUGUAGGUUUAUUAGUUUUAACCCCAAAAAUGUUUGCUAGAUAACAAACUAAGCAAUUGAAGUAGGGGUACAUGGAUCGGCCCGGGUUUGACAAUUAAAUACUUGCCCUAUACUGCACCUGACUAGAAUUUAAAUACUUGUCCUAUAAUUCCUUUCUUUCAUAUCUUAUUCUCAAGAAUUGAAAGACCACCAUCUACUAUCUCGAGUUCGAUGUAAACCAGUCGAUUCUCUUUGGUUAUCCCAAAAAGCUUUGCCCAUGAUCUCUUUAUCAUCAUUUAGAGAAAGGAAAGGAGAAUAAGAUAUGAAAGAAAGGAAGAGGAAGCAGUAGGGAUGAGCGCACAUUGUCGGAAAAACAAAAGACGGCGAGAGCCUGCUGACAAAGCACAAUGACGAUGAUCGAGAUCGGUUAGACAGAGAGAGAGCUCCAUUUCUCUAUAUUUAUGAAUAGCUAAAAUUUUAUAUUAUUCAGAUUCCAUGGAACCCUAUGUUUGAUGGAUUGCUUCUUAUCAUUUAUUAUUCUAUUGACACUUAUUUUGGGGUAAAUUGAAAGUUUGGUCACUGGAAUUACUUAACAAGUUUACGUAUGCCACUAACAUUAAUUUAUUCCAUUAGUAGUCAUUCAAAUUAGUUCAACAGUUCUAGUUUGGUCACUCUCUGUUAGUCUCCGUUAACUUUUUCUGAUGUCGCAAAAUUUGCUACCUUCUCUCUCUAGACAGUUAUCGCUCUAAACAUAAUUUCCGCCGCUUGCGCCUCAUGCGUGGUGGUCAGCGUUGCCAUUGUGGUGCCAUUUUUCGUAGCUUCUCUAAGUGAGUGAGGUAUGGACUCGAGUCUGAAUAUGUCGUGAGGGUCUUUGGAGGAUCUAGUUGGCAUCGCUGAGGAGAAUCGCUUGGUGUAUGUGGAGCCGAAAAUCAUCGUUGGCGGUCUCCAUAUCCCAACUGAGCUUGAAGACGAAGGAAUUGCAAGGUGGCAGCAUUGGUUGGUGGGCCAGUUUCUCUCUACCUCUCCCCAUAUUCGCCAAGUUCAGUCAUGGGAGAAUCGUCUCUGGGAAGAAGGGGCCAAUUAGGGUUUCAUGGCUUGGCGAGCGAUUGCUUCUCUUUCAAUUCCCGAAUCCGGAGACAGCGCAUCUGGUCUUCUCGAGCGAGCCUUGGCAUCUGAAGAAAGAUAUGUGCUACUUGAGGAAAUGGGAACUGGGCAUCAGAGCAGAGCAACCUGGGCCGAAGAUUCUAAUCUGGCUAUGUAUUCUAGACUUGCCUCUAGAACAUGUAACGGGGCAAAUGCUCACGCGCCUAGUAAAUAUGAUAGGGUGCCCUCUCUGGUUUGACAAGUCUAGCCGGUUAGGUCAGAGACUGGGCUAUCCUCGUGUUUUUGUGAAAAUGGGGAUAGAUUCGAUCUUCCCAGAAUCAUUGAGGCUGUAGAGAAGCCAGGGCUUCUAGGACACUGUAGUAGUUCUGCUCCGUCACGCCGAACCUUCCUCUAUUGAACUUUUACCGCAAUUUCCCAAACCAGGUGUGUCGUAGGCGACGCCAUAAAGGAACCAGAGGUCCAUUGAUCGCUUCUGGAGCCGUCCUCGAUGGAGAAUGGUAUUCGCGGAGGGGUAUCAUCGUGAAAAUCUCUAUUACGUCCUGAAAUCGAUGAACAAUGUCGCUAUGGUGAUUUCGUCAUCCGGCGAGCCGUCAAUCCCAUAAUUAAGAUUUUGAAGUACU